AAGAAAGCUGGACAGGAAAUAAACAGAAAGAACACAAUACUUAUACUAAGUCUUUGGGAACGAUAAUAGCAACUGGAUCAAGUGAGCAACAGCUUACGGCUCCUUCUGCUUUGAAUGGCUUUACUAGAGGCGUUGAAAGUGAUAGAAAUGCCAAGGAAUAUGAAACUGUUCUUAAAAAUUUAGAUAUGGCAUUCACCGUGGAGCAUACAUUGGAACAUAAUGAUUAUGUAAAUGAAGUGGGACAACAGCGCAGACAGGCUAUGAAACACGCUUCCGAACAUAACCAAGAGGAAGAAUCUAUUGAUUCAAAUAAAUCCAAUAAAAGCAAUUAUUAUUCUUUGAGAAAAAAGUAA